GGUCUAAGCUCUACUACUCGGAGUUGCCCAACUCAGAGAUCAAACGACCCAUUGCCUUGAAACGACCAGCGAUGAAAUUCGGAGAGACAGAACUGAAUAGACCGGAAUAUGCCAUGGACUCCUCACGUGUACCAAAACCCUCAUUUCUAAACAAGGACCCAGUGCCUCCUUGGAGGGGUCCCGGCAGCUGGGGUGUACAUUCCGGAGGCUAUCCUCCCAGUGCCGCUGCAUCCAUGCCUUAUCUUGAUAGGCUAGGAGCGAAUCCUAGCGCUUACAGGCCCGGGAUGGGCGUGACAAGAGAUCGGACCGGAAGACCGUUGUCCUAUGGAGAUUUUGGCUACUAUGGAAUUGGGUCCGACCCAAACUUCGACGACGGACUUUCGUUUGGUGCCUUCUGGAACCUGAAUCCUCGAAAUGUGGACGAAUUCGCCUCCCAGAUGGACAACAUGUUCCGGAACAUAGGCACAGGAGUGGAUCGCACGAACGACCACAUCCACACCAAAAUUAACAGGGCCGAUCUGCGCUUCGACGAAGUGGAGUCGGACUCUAGGGCCGCCAUGUACGACAACUCCAUCUUACCCCCCUAUUCGCCACUCACCCCUAUCAACCACUACCACCUGAGGGCCCCAAAAGCGGAGGUGCCAUAUGUCAAAGUACCUCUGAGGCCGACAUCAGCAACCAACAGGUUCAAUGUGUACGCCCGAUAAAACCACUGAGUGCUCAAGUCUUUUAUAUUGCUGAAUUCCAACUCUCCUUUAUCCAUGAUUUCAUAUUACUUUUUGAAAAUCAUAUAAUUUCUGAUA